AUGGCUCCACCAGUUAGCAAAAGCGACAAGUUCUAUACGGUCUACAAAGGUCGUGUUGACAAGCCUACCAUAUAUUCAUCUUGGAGUCAAGCGCACCCAAGAGUCAUAGAAUGCGAAGGCGCCGAGCAUAAGAAGUGGGACACACUCGAGGAUGCUUGCAAGGCAAUGAAAGAUAGAGGCUUCGAGGACGUUGAUAUAUUUGUCAAAAAAUCAGCUGAAACCAAAAUCGUGUCGUUGCGAAAAGACAAAUACUAUGCCGUUGCAGGUGGCAAGACCACUAGAGUGUUCACUUCUUGGGAGGAUGCGAAAGAGGCGAUCAAUAGAACCACCGCGUGCCAAGAAUGUUUUAGCACUAAGCAAGAAGCAGAAGAGUUCAUUGAGAAUUGGAAAGACGCCUACGCUGAUGUAUGGCGAAGGGCAAUUCGACAAGGAUUGAACGAGGGAUGGAAGGCGAGGGACAUGAGUUUGAACAUUGGAUCAUUCUUGCUUAGGGAGAAUGACAACGAGAGGUUAAAGGAAGAUGGUCACGAGAUGGUCAAAACGGCUCAAAAUGAACUUCCGAAGAUUGAGCAAUUAUCUGUCAAAGAAGAUAACCAGGAAUAG